AUGGGCAACGUUGAGUCGAGCAUGGAGGGUAGAUAUAAUUGUAAAAGGAAAUUUAGAGAAGAUGAAAGAGAGGAUGAUGAGAACCAGCCGAGCACCUCAACGAGUGUUCAUCAAAACCAAAAUAAAGCCAAGAGACCAAAACAUGAAAAAAUUCUUUCAGAAUCCAACGAACUCAUUGAGAUUUAUGAGCAAAAGAGUGACAUUGACGAUGCCCACGACAUGUUGAAUACGCACAGAAAUGAUGACAACCGCAAAAACACUAUGUAUAAUAAGCUCUUAGCUACUCAGCCGCUAGGCAGAACCACAAAAAAUUCAGAAGCCACAAGUUUAGAAGCCACAAGUUCAGAUAUUGACGAAAACGAAAACAAUGAUGACAAUAACAAGGUGCAAGCCUAA